UGAAAUAUGCUAGUGCCUUAGCAACAUCCAUGUUUGAAUUUACUGCAAUAUUUAAUUUGGCUGAGUAGCACGCAGGGUUGAUAUGGGAGAGGAUACAAUAUACAAUUCAUUUGAGGUGGGCAGUUUUGUUAGGUGCAUUUGAUGACAAUUAUUUGAUGUUUAGGUUUGGUAUGUGAUCUUGCUAGAUGUCGCGAUCCUUAGAUAAAAGUGGUAGCAAAGACAACUAGCCGUCCUAAGAUGGGUUAGUCACUAGAAAAGUUGAAAGUAAAAUCUCGUAUAGAAUUUCCCCUGCAAUUUCAUUUGUGCAUGAAUUGCAUACUGUCAACAUAAAUGACAAAUGUCCAUUGUGUCAAGUAGUAGGAAAGCAACAAAAGAAAUUAAGGUUAAAGCUAUAGACAAAAUCUCCUGCUGAUUUUAUUAAUCCAACAAACUAUUUUAUCAACAAUGUUGAAUCUAAUUAAUACAGAUUUCCUUUUCUCUUCCUUGGUGCCUUUCACUUGUUCACCAAAUCUGAAAACAAUGGUUUCUUCCUGCAUUCAAUCUCACUCUCUAUUUCUUGCACUUUUGUUCUUUUCUGCCAAUGGAACAAACUUCACAUACCCUACGAAUUCCCCCCUUUCCUGUGACACAUAUGUUGCAUACUUUGCUCACUUUCCAAAUUUUUUAACCCUCACAACCAUAUCUGAUAUGUUUGACACCACUCCUCAAUCCAUUGCAAGAGCAAGCAACAUAAAAGAUGAAAAUAUGGACCUUGUUCCAGGCCAACUUUUGCUAAUACCUAUAACUUGUGGCUGCAGUGGAAAUGGAAACUACUCUUUUGCUAAUAUCUCACACUUGAUCAAACAAGGUGAAAGUUACUACUAUCUUUCAACCAUUUCAUAUCAGAAUCUCACCAAUUGGAUGACAGUGGAAGAUUCAAAUCCUAACCUGAAUCCAUAUUUGUUGACAGUGGGAACCAAAAUAGUCAUUCCUUUGUUCUGUAGGUGCCCUUCAAAAGGGAUAGAGUCUUUGAUUACUUAUGUGUGGCAGCCUAAUGACAAUCUUACCCUUGUAGCUUCCAAGUUUGGUGCAUCACAGCAUGACAUAAUCACUGCAAAUGCAAACAAUUUUGGCCAGAAUUUUACUGCUGCAACCAACCUUCCAGUUUUUAUCCCAGUGAAAAGCUUACCAGCUAUUUCACAAUUAUUACACUAUUCUUCAAGUGGAAGAAAGAAAAACAAUCAUUUUCCAAUUAUCAUUUUCAUUGGUAUAUGUCUAGGAUGCACUAUUCUGAUUUCGCUGUCAUUACUAGUAUAUGUGUAUUGUUUGAGGAAGAGAAAAGCUUGUGAGAAUAAGUGUGCGCCUUCUGUGGAGAUAACAGAUAAGUUAAUUUCAGAAGUUUCAAACUAUGUAAGUAAGCCAAAAGUGUAUCCAGCUGGUAUGAUUAUGGAAGCAACAAUGAACUUCAAUGAACAGUGUAGGAUAGGGAAAUCCGUGUACAAAGCUAAAAUUGACGGUCAUGUUUUAGCUGUGAAAAAUGUUAAGGAAGACAUCACAGUCACAGAAGAGUUGGUGAUUCUUCAAAAGGUAAAUCAUGCAAAUCUUGUAAAACUAAUCGGCGUCUCUUCAGGAUAUGUUGGAAAUCACUUUCUUGUAUAUGAAUAUGCGGAAAAUGGAUCACUUUAUAACUGGCUGUUCUCUAAACUUUCCACUGCUUCAAGCUCAGUGGUUUCCCUCACAUGGAGUCAGAGGUUAAACAUAGCAAUUGAUGUUGCAAUUGGUCUGCAAUACAUGCAUGAACACAUAGAACCAAGUAUAGUCCAUAGAGACAUCACAUCAAGUAACAUCCUUCUUGACUCAAACUUUAAGGCUAAGAUAUCAAAUUUUUCUGUUGCAAGAACCACAAAGAAUCCUAUGAUAACAAAAGUCGAUGUUUUUGCUUAUGGUGUUGUUCUGUUAGAGUUAUUAACAGGAAAGAAGUUUUUGUCUUAUAGCGAAAGUAGCGAAGUGAAUAUGUUAUGGAAAGAUAUUAAGGGUUUGUUUGAUAUAGAAGAGAAGAGUGACGAAAGGGUUAGAAGAUGGAUGGAUCCUAAGUUGGGGAAGUCUUUUAAUGUUGUUGAAGCUCUUAGUUUGUUCUCUUUGGCAGUGAAUUGCAUAAAAGAACAAUCUUUGUUAAGACCAACAAUGGGAGAAGUUGUUCUUAGCCUUUCCCUUCUCACUCAACAUUCUCCUACUUUGUUGGAGAGGUCUUGUACUUACGGAUCAGAUGUUGAGAUUAUAACUGGUAUGGUUAGUCCCAUCUUAGCUCGUUGAUUGACGGAAUGUAAAUUCAGUUUCUGCAGUUCAAUUUCGGUAUAUUAGUAUAGAUACUAUGAAAGAUUGUAAGAAUGUGUAAAAAGAAUGAAUUUCUGUUAACAUACUAAGAAUUAUUUUAAA